AUCGGUGUGUAGGCUACUCGCGCGUGUCUAACGUUUCAUCUGUGCUGUAGAAUGCUCUCCUGCCGUUAUUAUGAGUCUGUCGGCGCGAGCAGCAGGCAUAUGGUACAGCGCGUGCCUGUGUGUGUUGUUAUGUCUGCUUUAUGAAGGGGACGCGGGGAAGUCCGCCAGCAACGGAGAGGUGGGUUGGAGAGGAGUGCAGUCUGCACCAGGCUAUGAGGUGACGUACCCACAGUGGCUGCCGGCGAAAACCCAUCGCCUCCCAGCAGGAGAAAAGCAUCCUUCUGAUGUUGAAGUCUGGAUCAUAGCGGAGGGUCAGGAUCUUCUCCUCCAACUGCAGAAGAACAAAGAUCUCUUCUCCCCUGCCUUUCGGGAGACGUGGUACAGUCCAGAGGGAACUCACCAGACAAGUGGACCAAACCAUCAGGAUCACUGUUUCUAUCAUGGCUGUGUUGUUGGUUGGGGAGACUCUAGUGUGGCACUCAGCACCUGCUCUGGCCUCAGGGGUGUGGUCUCACUGAACUCCAGUGUCAGUUACAUCAUCGAGCCGCUGGCCAAUCAGACAGAGCCGUGGGGACACGCCCUCUUCCGUCAUCACCAUAGGGACCAGCGAUAUGCAGAGCAGCUGACAGAGCUGAUUGGUGGAAUGGCCCAUCCACACCAUGGUAACCAUGGCAACAGGGAGCGGAGGGACAUCAGUCGGGACAUGAAAUAUGUGGAGCUGCUGCUGGUGGCCGACCAUGCAGAGUUUGUGAAGCGGGGCCAGGACAGAGAGAAAGUGAAGAUGAUACUGAUGGAAGCUGCAAACUAUGUGGACAAGUACUACACGGCGGUGGGGGUGCGUAUCGCAGUGACGGGGUUGGAGGUGUGGAACUCUGGAGAUCAGAUCAGCGUGUCGGAGAACCCGUUCUUCACGCUGAGUUCCUUCCUCACCUGGAGACGGGAACACCUGAAGCGCCUGCCCAACGACAACGCGCAGCUCAUCACGGGCAGGUCCUUUCAGGGUACCACCAUCGGAUUGGCUCCACUGAAUUCCAUGUGUUCUGAGUACCAAUCAGGAGGAGUCAAUUCAGACCACUCUGAGAGUGUGUUUGGGGUGGCUGCUACUCUGGCUCAUGAGUUGGGCCAUAACUUCGGCAUGAGCCACGACAGCGCCGGGUGCUGCCAAGAGAACCCAGACCAGGGAGGAUGCAUCAUGGCCGCCGCCACCGGGGCUCCUUUCCCGCGUGUGUUUAACGUGUGUAACCAGCGGGAGCUGCGGCGGUUCCUGAGCGCGGGGGGGGGCAGCUGCCUCUUCAGCCCCCCCGACCCUGGAGUCCGCCUGGGGGGGCCACGCUGCGGCAACGGCUACCUGGAGCAGGGGGAGCAGUGCGACUGUGGAGAGGAGGAGGAGUGUGUGAGCUCCUGCUGCAAUGCUGCCAACUGCACUCUGACAGCAGGAGCAGAAUGUGCUCAUGGAGUCUGCUGCCACAACUGCAAGCUGCGGGGGCCGGGGGAGGCGUGUCGGCCGGCCGCAGGGUCAUGUGACCUGCCGGAGUUCUGUGACGGCGCGUCGGAGGCGUGUCCUGAUAACUUCUUCCUAUUGGACGGCUCAGCGUGCGCAGGGGGCGGGGCUUACUGCUACACCGGAAUGUGCCUUACACUCCAACAACAGUGUGUGUCCCUCUGGGGACCAGGUGCGCGUGUUGCUCCUGAGGUGUGUUUCACGGAGGUGAAUCAGGCUGGAGAUCAGUAUGGGAACUGCGGCAAGGACUUGCAGGGAAGAUACAGGAGCUGUAGUCACAGAGACGCCCUGUGCGGUAAGAUCCAGUGUGUGUCGGGUGCGGAGCGUCCGGUGGGCAGUAACGCCGUGUCCAUCCCCACCACGGUCAUCAGCGGAGCGCGACGCAUCACCUGUAAGGGCACACACGUCUACCACGCCGCCACCGAGGACACACUCGACCCAGGACUCGUCAUGAUGGGCACACGCUGUGGAGACAACGGGAUCUGUUUCUCAGGAGAGUGUCGAAAUGCAUCCUUCCUGAGAGCGGAUGAGUGCAAUGCAGAGUGCCAUGGGCAUGGGGUGUGCAAUAACAGGCACCACUGCCACUGUGACUCAGGCUGGGCCCCCCCGUUCUGUUCUGCCCCGGGGGACGGGGGGAGUGUGGACAGCGGCCCCGUCACCCCACACGGCUCUCUACUUCCUGUCGUGCUGCUGCUCCUCCUGAGUGGGCUCGUGGGAUUGGCUGCCGCGGGUGUCUGGUGGUGCUGCAAACACAAGCCCCGCCUCCUCAAGACUCCCACCCCUCCAGAGCCACCAACCAAUCAGUGCCGCUCAGUGUCGAAGUCUAAAAGUGAAGCCAGUGGUCAUGCCAACCCAACAUUCCAACUCAGGAAUCCUGAAGCCCAAAACACGCCAACGGCCACGCCCCGUCCAAGCCACGCCCCCUGUCCACGGAAUGCUGUCGUCAGGCCGACCACAAAGCCUCCCCCAAUCCCUGCUUACGCUGGAAACACACACACC